AUGACACGUCGAAAGCGGACACCCUCCUCGUCUCCUUCCCCCUCCCCCUCUCCGUCCGCCUCUUCCAAACGCGUGGCCUUCGACUUCGAAAUCCCCGCCUCGCUCCGCCAAUUCUCGUCUAUCUCGCGCUCUCUUGCAACCCAUACAACUAUCCCCUCUGCGCCUGCCACCGCCUCACCGCAGACUCAAACCGAGCCUCAGCAUCGACCGGUUUCUCAGUCAUCCUCUCAGUCCUCCCCUCGUUUCACCAUCCCUCGCCCUACUAGCCAGGUUCCGGUCAACGCCCAGUCCCAGAGGUCUUCUGCUUCAGUUCACAACAGUCAGCCCUGGGCAACUCCGCUCCCAAAAGGGGUUCAGGCCACUUCCGCAGCAAAAUCCUCGUCUCCUGCGUUUCCCAAACCCACGCCUACGCAGCCUCCUAAUGGCGCUCCUGCGCAUUCACAUUCACGAACGACUAGCAACCCCAACUCCAAAGCCCGUCCCCAACCAGAACCUAUCCUUCGCCCAGGCGAAACCCCGGUCUUGAAGACGCAUCCUAAUCUAAUCGCCUCCUUGAUUGCUAAGAAAAGGGCCGCGAAUGAGGCUGCAGGUCAUCGAGCAAGAUGGCAAAGACAACAAGCAGAAUAUCAAGCUGGGAAGUCUCCAGGAAGUCAACUUAUGACUGAACUCAAGGCGGAAGCAAGUCGCGCUUCUCCGGUGCAAUCUCAAUCUAUAUCGGUUUCCAAUCCUCUGCCAGCACGCCCAGUCUCACUGCCCGCAACCAAUUCUAAAACUGGACCUCCCAGAGUUGAAACCGCAGGGCGAACCACAGACACUGUGAGCACACCUAAUACUGAACAGUCAACACAUGAGACGGAAACCUCGAAAGGUGUCCAGCAAGAUAGAAGGGAUUCCGUAUACGCGUCGCCAUUCUCUUCGCCAAUAGCAGACUUUCUCGAACAGGCGACUGAUGAAGUUGAACUCCAAAAGAAUAUCACUGAUACCACUCAACAACCUGCUCAUUCCUCUGAACCAUUCAAGGAUCAAACACCUUCGUCCACUGCGCAUGGCCAAGACUCUGUGGUUUGGCCUCUUCAGAAUGGAAAUAUGGUGUCUUCAACCCAGGUUGGCAUUCCACCUCUCUUCUCCGAGCUUCCUCAAUUACAUCAGCAAAAGCAAAGUCCCUUGCUUCGAACACCAUUUCCGCAAAAUCACCCCCGCUCCUCCCGCUCCUCGCAACAACAAGCCUCGCCAUACCAAUCGCCUCACUUUUCAACCGGUCAACUUCAGUCUGGAAAUGUAAUGUCAAACUCGGCUGCACUUGCCCAGCAACAAUAUCAAUACAUGAAUUCCCAAUUUCCUGAUGGCCAGCAGAACUUCUACAAAAUGAAUUACCCGCAACAAUACCCAACCACCAAUAGUCCUGAAGAAACCAACAUGACAGUCCCUAUCACCAUGAGGCAGCAGAGCUUCGCCCAGCAGAGCCUCAGCAAUGCACCCAGUUUCAAUCCUCUGUUAACCUAUCCAACACAACCUAUCAGUGGCCUGGGGAACAUGAACAUGCCCCUCGUCUACCCUCCGUCCGCACCAAUGCCAACCUUCGGGACAUCUGCUCCCAAGUCCCGUACAGAAUUGAACCCUGGCCUUAUGACCGCUGCCGAUAUGGUCGCUGGCACCAACACCAUGUUCACGGUUGCUACUCAAACGGAUUUUAGCGUACCCAAGAGGUACUAA